GACGUAAGGUCGCGCUGGGGUUGGGACCUUUGACACGAGGCCGGUCUGGGCCUGGCGCGUGGUGGGACGUUGUCGGUCUCCGGGAGUGGGCUGUCUCCUUGGAAACGUUCUUCAGAGCUGUGAAAGAUGGGGAAAGCUCGGAAAAAGAAGAUUUCUUCUGAUAACAUACGAAAUAGAAAAUCUACAAGAGACAUUAAGACAAAUCCGUUUGAGGUGAAAAUUAACAAGCAGAAGUUUAAUAUACUUGGCCGGAAAACAAAGCAUGACCGUGGGUUACCUGGAGUAUCUCGAUCUAAAUCUAUUAAAAGGCGUACAGAAACUUUGCUGAAAGAAUAUCAGGACAAGGGGAAGGCCAAUAAAUUUCUUGACAAACGAUUUGGUGAAUAUGAUACUACGUUAACUCCAGAUGAAAAGAUGACAAAGAGGUUCUCCUUGGAGCAGCAGCGGCAGCACACAAAGAAGAACAUAUACAACCUGAAUGAAGAUGAAGAUCUCACCCAUUACGGGCAAUCCCUGGCGGACAUUGAGAAGUUUAAUGACGUGCCAGACAGUGAUGAUGAAAUGGAGGAAAAGGGCCUUCUGUCAGCUGAGUUCACUGCGGCUGCACACUUUGGCGGUGGUGGGCUGUUGCAGAAGAAGACAGCAUCUAAGCAGCAGGGUGAGGAGGAGGAACCAACACCCAAGUCCCGGAAAGAGUUAAUUGAUGAGCUUAUUGCUAAAUCUAAGAAGGAGAAGUAUGAGCGGCAGGUGCAGCGAGACAAGGCACAGGAACUGACUGAGAAGCUGGACAAAGAUUGGAAGGAAGUCCAUUCCUUGUUGGCUCAUAAAGCUCCCAAAAAGGAGCGCGAGGAGGAGAAACCCAAGGCUGGGGAUUAUGACAUAAUUGUACGUGAGCUGUUCUUUGACAUGAAGGCACAGCCCUCUGACAGACUGAAAACCAAGGAAGAGUUGGUGAAGGAGGAGCAAGAACGCCUACAGAAACUUGAGGCAGAGAGAAUGCGUCGGAUGCGUGGAGAAUUUGUCGAGAAAGGCAACAACAAAUCGAAACACAUGUCUGCAGAUGAUUUGCAUGAUGGCUUCAUCCUGGAGAAGAUUGAUAAUCCUUGCCUUGUUUACAAGGAAGGAAAGCUGGAGGAUUUUGAGGAGGAAGAAAAGAAACUGGCAAGUGAAAAUGAAGAGGAAAAUGGGGAAGGUGAAGAGAGUGAUGAGGAUGACGAUGGGGAAGAGAACCAAAGUGAAGAGAGUGAUGAAGACAGUCAUUCUGAUGUAGAAGAUGAUAGCCAUUCAGAUUUAGGCUCCGAUGUCGAAAGUGAGAAGGACAGUCUUGCGGCUGAUGAAAAACCAGCUCAGUCCACUUUGACUAAAGAGAGUGCACCAAAUGAAGAAGCAAGAAAAGCUAUGAUGGAAGCAGCCAAGACUGAGCUACCUUUCACUUUUCCUGUCCCUGAGUCAUAUGCUGACCUGAAGUCCCUGCUAACGGGGCAUGUAUCAGAGGAACAGUGUCUAAUAGUGGAACGCAUUCAGAAGUGUAACCACCCAAGUCUUGCAGCAGGAAACAAAGCCAAGUUAGAGAAGCUAUUUGGUUUCCUGUGGGAAUAUAUUGGGGAACUGGCAACCAGGCAGCCAGCAGAACUGAAGACAAUUGACAAGAUAAUGCCCGAGUUAUAUGAACUGUCACAAUUAUUCCCUGAAGCUGCUUGCAGCUGUGUUCAAUCAACCCUUCGACAAAGUAUGCAGGAACUAGAAAACCAGCUGCAAGUCAAAGGUCGGGCUUCAUUUCCUGGAUUAGAUAAGCUGCUUUACAUAAAGAUUGCAGGAGCUCUGUUCCCCACCUCUGAUUUCCGACACGUAGUGGUGACCCCUGCGCUGGUGUACAUGAGUCAGAUAGUCACCAAGUGCUCUGUCGCCUUACUGCGAGAUGUUGCUGCUGGACUGUUUGUGUGCUGCCUCUUCCUGGAUUAUGUUUCACUCUCAAAGAGGCUGAUUCCUGAGGUUAUCAACUUCCUUGUGGGAAUUCUUCACAUGGCAGUACCUAACAAAAGCACCUUGGGGUACACUCUGGUGCCACCUUUUAAACCAUCUGCAAAAUCCUCUGACCUGAUGGUGGUGAAAGAUAAAAUGGCUGCCAAAUCAUGGGAAAUGAAGCCUUUGCCAAUUACCCAGAUACAGAGGGUGGAACAGCAGGAUGAAUCACAAACAGUGAACUUCAAGUUCUCCUGCAUAGCCUUGUGUCUUAACCUGUGCAAGCGAUGUGCCUCCUUGUAUAGGUCAUUACCUUCAUUUCGGGAAAUAAUUAAUCCACUGGAAAUGCUUCUUACCUCACAUCUACCUGUGAGUGAUUACCCAGCUCAGCUCCAGGAGUUAUAUCACAAGGUCCUAACGGAAGUGCAAGAGAGGCCAGCAUCCUAUACGCCACUUGAGUUUGAAAAGAAGAAACCAGUCCCUUUAAAGCUGUUCACACCCAAAAUAGUGGAAGUCUCAGAUUACGGGCGAAAACGAGGUGGUACCCGGCAAGAGAAAGAGCGAAUGAGGCUCAUCCAUAAGCACAAGCGGGAAUUUAAAGGAGCUGUUCGAGAAAUCCGCAAAGAUGCACAGUUUCUGGCCCGACAGAAGUUAUCAGAUAUUAUGGAAAGAGAUGCAGAAAGGAAGAGGAAGGUGAAGGUGCUGUUCCAUAAUCUAGCGACUCAGGAAGGUGAAUGGAAAGUCAUGAAGAAAAAGAAGAGGAAAUUAUGAUUUCCUUAGUGUUUCACUGCAGAGAAUGCCACUGUCUCUAACCAAGGAGGUGCUGCUACUUGGAUGAAUGCUGGACAUGAGAAAUGUCUCAGAAUCAAAAGUAAACAUUUCCACUAUGGAGAUCUGUGGAAUUGAAUUUGGCAAAGUCAUUAGCCAAAUUUACACCAGUCCACCCUCCUCCAUGAUGGGCCAUGAUAGUUUAUUGCAAACAUUAACACAUUUUGGCCAAUAGCCAGUUAAUGACUCACUCCAGGAGUGAAUAUUACAUAGUCUGAUUCCCAGCAAUUCACUCUCUUAACCUUGAAAUAUCUCUCAGCACAGCACCUAGUGACUGCGCUAAAGUUACUGUUGUAGGUGGGUUUUAUAUCUGAUGGAAGUACAUGUAAUUUUAAAAGUGUACAAAUGUUGAAAAUCUUGAAUAAAGACAGCAAGUACGCAAAUCAGCAAACAGCUCAGACAGCA